AUGUGGCCAGGAGUGAGCACGCUCAAGAACUGGCACGAAUACCCACAAUGGAAACCGUUGAGCCUCUCCUCAUCUAUUCCAAACCUCGAUGAGGAUGGACUUGAUCUUCUCUCGAAAAUGCUGCAGUACGAGCCAGCGAAACGAAUCUCAGCAAAGAUGGCUAUGGAGCAUCCUUACUUUGCUGAUCUGCCAGAAAAGUCCUCUCUCUGA